AUGGCGACUUCUCAAGUGGACGCCGCACCCGUGAGUGGCCCAAGAGUGCGGUUCUACCUGGCUGAUGCGGCCCCAGGACGGGCUGUGGUGCUACUGGAGCCGGCAGGGCCCUGGGGAGCCGGAGUGGGUGUGGUGCUGCGGCACGAGGCCGAUGCCUCUUCGCAGGCGAGGCAGGCUGAUGCUGUGGUGUGGCCUCGGCCCCUGCUCAUCCUCUCUCCUGGGGCUCGGAGGCUGGUCCUCCCAUGCAGGCCGCGAGAAGAGCCCUGUUGGGCCAUCUCAGCUGUGGGUGAAGCGGUGCCCGCCCCUCCCCGGCGUCCUGCCACGCCCUCCUCUUCCUCCUUCCCAGACCCUCGGCUCCAGCGGCUCCGGAGCACCUCAGGGACAGGUCCCCCUCGCACGCCGUCUUCCAAGCAGAGGCUGAAACCUCUGAAGGGGCCUGCGGCCUGGACGACCGAUUCCCAGAGUGGACUUAAGCCGCACCAGCAACGCGCAGACUGCGGGCUCCGCCCAGGUUGCUGGGCGCGCAGAGCCUUGGGAAGGGGCGGGGCCCAGGUGUGCUUACUGCGCCUGCGGAAAGGGGCAGACAACAUCCCAGAGGACCUCAGAGACCCUUUUUAUAUCGACCAGUAUGAGCAGGAGCACAUCAAGCCACCCGUCAUCAAGCUGCUCCUUUCCAGUGAGCUCUACUGCCGCGUCUGCAGCCUCAUCCUCAAAGGGGACCAGGCAGCCACCUUGCAAGGACACCAGUCGGUCAUCCAGGCCCUGUCCCGGAAGGGCAUCUACGUGAUGGAGAGUGACGACACCCCAGUGACGGACGCCGACCUCGGCCACGCCCCCAUAAAGAUGAGUGCCCACAUGGCGAUGGUGGACGCCCUGAUGAUGGCCUACACUGUGGAGAUGAUCAGCAUCGAAAAGGUGGUGGCCAGCGUCAAGCGCUUCUCCACGUUCAGUGCCUCAAAAGAGCUUCCCUACGACCUCGAGGACGCCAUGGUGUUCUGGAUCAACAAGGUGAAUCUUAAAAUGAGAGAGAUCACAGAAAGGGAAGUGAAGUUAAAGCAGCAGCUGCUGGAAAGCCCGGCUCAUCAAAAGUCUCCCUCCAAGUGGUAUUGGAAGUUAGUGCCCGUCCGCUAUCGGCGAGAGCACCUUUCCGCUAGGCAGUCGCCCUGCUUCCCGUUGUUGGAGGACUUGAUGCGAGGCGGCAGCGAUGGUGCUGCCCUCCUGGCGGUGGUGCACUAUUACUGCCCCGAGCAGAUGAGACUGGACGAUAUAUGCCUGAAGGAGGUGCCGUCCAUGGCCGACAGCCUGUACAACAUCCGGCUCCUGAGAGAGUUCGCCAAUGAGCAUCUGAACAAGUGCUUCUACCUCACGCUGGAGGACAUGCUGUAUGCGCCCUUGGUGCUCAAGCCGAACGUUAUGGUUUUCAUUGCCGAGCUCUUCUGGUGGUUUGAGAAUGUCAAACCCGAUUUUGUUCAGCCCCGGGAUGUUCAGGAAUUGAAAGAUGCUAAAACAGUGUUACAGCAGAAGAGCACCCGGCCUCCUGUGCCUAUCUCCAACGCCACCAAGCGCAGCUUCCUGGGCAGCCCCGCAGCACUGAGCCCAGCUGAUCUGCCUCCCACCCCACUGCCGGCCGAGGGCGGGCACAGGUACCACCUCCACCCCGAGGAAGCGGAGUAUCUUGGGAAAGGAACUUCCGCGUUUAGCCCAGCACAUCCUUUGUUGCCACUGAGGCAGAAACAGCAGAAAGCAGCGCAGGCUGAGGAGGCGCCCGAUCAGCGGCAUCGAUCUAACUCUCUAACGCGUGUCGAAGGUCAGCCGCGAGGUGCAGCUGUAGCAUGGCCGGAAAAAAAAAACAGGCCCGUGUCCCAGCCAACACCCUUCACACUCCAUCAUGCCACGAGCUGCGAAGUGGACCCUGGCUCCGGCGACAGCGUCAGCUUGGCCCGCUCCAUCAGCAAAGACAGCCUGGCUUCCAACGUUGUCCACCUCACGCCUCAGAACCAGCCGCACCCCACGGCCGGGAAGGCUAACGGGAGAAGCCUCCUGGGCAACGUCAGUAUUGAGGACGAGGAGGAAGAGCUCAUGACCAUCAUCAGGACGGACGCGACUGCCCACCGUGGGGACUUGGAGGUUGCCAGGGCAUCACCCCGUGUGGCAGGCCUGCUGGCCAGGGCCAGGUCUCCCCAAAAGCAGCUGGACCUCACGGAGAGUAAACCCGACAGUUUCUUCCUAGAGCCCCUGAUGCCGGCAGUGCUGAGGCCAGCAAAGGAGAAGCAGAUUAUUACCAAGGAGGAUGAGUGUGGCGAAGGGCGGCCGAGGAGCUCCACAGUCAAGCGCUGCAGCGAGGGCCCCCAGCUGCUGGCAAGGAAGAAAGUAGCUGGAAGUCAUGGAGGGCGGGACCUGAACAGGACUUUCACGCCCAUCCCGGUGGGUGUCGACCCUGCCGAGGUUAGCCUGUGCUCAGCGGAAGGCGAGGGAGAAGUGCUGGGGGCACCUCUGGCCAUUGGCGGCUUCCAGCCAUCACCCCAGGGCCAGCCUGCAGACGGCUUCUUCCUUCACGUGGGCAGAGCUGAUGAGGACUCGGAGGGGAGGUUGUGCAUCAGCUCCAAGAGUCCUGGCUCGCAAGACUCAGAGCCCUGGACGCUCCUGAGGCAGGAUUCUGACUCCGAUGUGGUUGACAUAGAGGAUGCAGAGCAGGACUUCCUUGGUGGGGACCACCCUGUGGUCAUCACCGCCUACGCUGGGGAAGAGGAGUCGGCCAAGCUGCAGGAGGACAUGAAGGUGCGGGAGCACGAGGACAAGGAUGGCGCCAGUGGCCGCUCGAGCCCGUGCCUGAGCACCACCUCCCAGCUCAGCAGCGUGUCCCUGGCGAGUGGGAGUGUGAAGAUGACCAGCUUCGCAGAGCGGAAGCUCCAGCGGCUCAACAGCUACGAGACCAAGUCGAGCACUAGCAGCUCCCAGAAGACCACGCCGGAUGCUUCCGAGAGCUGCCCUGCGCCCCUGACCACAUGGAGGCAGAAGAGGGAGCAGAGCCCGGGCAGGCACAGCAAGGACCCCGCCAGCCUCCUGGCCUCCGAGCUGGUGCAGCUGCACAUGCAGCUGGAGGAGAAGCGCAGGGCCAUCGAGGCCCAGAAGAAGAAGAUGGAAGUGCUGUCCGCACGGCAGCGCCUGAAGCUGGGCAAGGCCGCCUUCCUGCACGUGGUGAAGAAGGGCAAGGUGGACGGCGCCCCACAGCCGCUGCGGCCCGAGCACUUCGCAAAGGACUCUCCACACAAUGGGGAGCACCUGGACAGCAGCGUGCCCCGAACCGAGGGCCUCAGCGGGUCUCGGGAUGCGGAUGGCGAGAGCCUGGCUCUCCUCCAGACUCACAGACCCCGAGACGUGGUCGUGCUGCAUGACGUGGACAGGAGCAAGGUGCUCUCGGCCGCGCUCCUGGAGGACGGGGUGGGCGAGGCUGUGGACAUGACCGAAUGUGAGCUGUCCAUCGAGAAACUGAACGAGACCAUCAGCACGCUGCAGCAGGCCAUCCUGAAGAUCUCGCAGCAGCAGGAGCAGCUGCUCAUGAAGUCCCCGAGCGUCCCGACUCCAGGCUCGAAGAGCAACUCCCAGGACCAAAACGUGAAGGCUGCUGUCCAUUUUGUGGAGCCGCUCUCGCCACCCGGAAUGGCUGCUCAGCGCAAGCCGCCCCGGCUGGGCCAGGGCCGGAACUCCCGCUCCGGAAGACCAGCGGAGCUCAAGGUCCCCAGAGACAGGCAGCAGGGCUCCUCCAGGAGCAAAACCCCAACGCCCGGCUCUGAGGGCCUCUCGCACCUACGGCCCUUCCCCCCAGGGCACCCCCCUCGCACGCCCUCUGACCCCACUGUGGAUGGAGCUGCGGUCCCCGGCGGCCACCCUCCUGAGAAGGGCCUCUUCGACAGUUACCGGCUCCACGAUGAGAGCAACCAGCGGACCUGUGUUCUGCCCUCGCCCAAAGACCCCAACGUCAUCGCGGAACAGAUGGGUCUCAGAGAAGUUCUAGGUGCCAGCGUGAAAGAGGCAGGGCUGAGCUCCUCCAGCAAAGAGCCCCUCCCCACGAAGGAGAUUAUCCCGGGGGAGGAGACGCUGAGGAGCAAGGCCAGCCUCAUCGAGGUGGACCUGGCCCACCUGAAGGCCCCCGAUGAGGAUGGCGAGGUGGUAGGCCAGGACAGCGCUCCGGAGCUCAUCGGCGAUGGUGACCAGAAGCCCGGGGUUGGCUUCUUCUUCAAGGACGAGCAGAAAGCCGAAGACGAGCUUGCUAAGAAGCGGGCUGCCUUCCUGCUGAAGCAGCAGCGCAAGGCUGAGGAGGCGCGUGUGCGGAAGCAGCAGCUGGAGGCGGAAGUGGAGCUCAAGCGCGAUGAGGCCCGACGUAAAGCCGAGGAAGAUCGAGUCCGUAAGGAGGAGGAGAAGGCACGGCGAGAGCUCAUCAAGCAGGAGUAUCUGAGGAGGAAGCAGCAGCAGAUCCUGGAGGAGCAGGGGCUCGGCAAACCCAAGUCGAAGCCCAGAAAGCCAAGGCCCAAAUCUGUGCAUCGUGAGGAAUCGUGCAGCGACUCGGGCACCAAGUGCUCCUCCACCCCCGACAACUUGAGCCAGACGCACUCAGGCUCCAGCCUGUCCUUGGCCUCUGCAGCGACGACAGAGCCCGAGAGCAUCCCCUCGGGGGGCACGCCCUCUCAGCGGGUGGAGUCCUUGGAAGCCCUGCCCAUCCUGAGCCGCAACCCCAGCCGGAGCACUGACCGCGACUGGGAGACUGCGUCGGCCGCGUCCUCCCUGGCCUCGGUGGCCGAGUACACAGGUCCCAAGCUCUUUAAGGAGCCCAGCAGCAAGUCCAACAAGCCAAUCAUCCACAACGCCGUGUCCCAUUGCUGCCUGGCAGGGAAGGUGAACGAGCCCCACAAGCACUCGGUCCUGGAGGAGCUGGAGAAGUGUGACGCCAACCACUACAUCAUCCUGUUCCGUGACGCUGGCUGCCAGUUCCGGGCUCUGUACUGCUACUACCCCGACACUGAGGAGAUCUACAAACUCACCGGCACGGGGCCCAAGAGCAUCACCAAGAAGAUGAUCGACAAGCUCUAUAAGUACAGCUCGGACCGCAAGCAGUUUAACCUGAUCCCGGCCAAGACCAUGUCGGUCAGUGUGGACGCGCUCACCAUUCACAACCACCUGUGGCAGCCCAAGCGGCCCGCAGUGCCAAAGAAGACCCAGACUCGUAAGUGACCGGGCACAGCGAGUCCGCGAUGGCGCCGGCGGGAUCCGUAUUUAUUGUUUCCUCCUCGUGGGUACGAAGCGCGAGGGGUCACAGACCUUUUCAGAGCCUCUGACAAGUGAAGCCGGAGAAGGUGUGGACGCCGUGGUGCCCACCAAGCUCCGGGCCUCAGCUGAGGGUGUCCCAAGGGGCCCAGCUGCGCCUGUCCCUCCCUCCCUGGAAGGUCUCCAGGACUGGAUCCAGAUCCCUCGCUCUGCGCCCUAGCCUCCUGCUCCCUUUGCACACUGCCUGAGGAGCGGCUGCCUGGGGCUGGGGUGGAGGCACCCUUGGGUCGGGCAUUUGAAUGUCUUCAUAAAAGGAGUUCGUGUGGGAAAUCUUUUUCAUUUGCGGACUUGUAUGAUAUUUAUUGAUUGUGUCUACUGCCAAUGUUUAUAUCCACUUCUAAGAUUUCUGAAAAAAAUCUUUGUUCCUUGCUGCUCAGAAAAAGUUUACUGAAAACACCAGUUCACUAAAAGCACUGAAAUGGGCAAAGUCUGUCUUCCGCUAAAAUAGCGUUUACAGACGUGGAGGAGAUGCUCUGCCCGCGCUUGAGGACGCUGAGUGGCACUGGCAGCUGGUGCUGGCCGGCGCCUUGGGCCCCCGGCGGUCCAUUCGCUUGAAUAACAGGUACAGGAGCCGUGGGCUCUGUGCGCGCCCCCGCUCCUGGGAGCAGCCGUGUGCUGGGGCCGUGCGGCUGGGGACUGGUCUGGGUGCCGAUGUAGGGGCGAUUACUCCUGCUGCUUCUUCCACGCUGGUCCCA